CCCCACCCAGCUCGCGGGGUGACGCAGCCAGGCUCGGCCGGCCAAUCGGCGCGGAGCGUCUCCUGUGCGGGCAGCGGAAGGAACGGCCGUCGCGGGGGGAGGGGAGGCAGCGAGGGAGAAGAGCGGGCAUGAGCCAGAACGGAGGGGGGAACCCUUUCGAGGGAGACGCGGGGAAUCCCUUCCAGGAUCCGGGCAUAAUCCAGCACAGGCCAAAUACAGACUACGCUACCCUGGAUGUAUAUAAUCCUUUUGAUAGUUCGGGGCUUCCCCCACCAUUCCAGCCCCCGGCCUCGGCUCCCACCAUCCCCUCUGUGCCCACAGUUCCUGUCUCGGAGGUUCCCAAGAAAAACAACAAUGCGGAGCCCAGAAAUUACGGCUCGUACGGGACUCAGGAAGCGGCCACCGCGGCUACGGCCGACCUCUUAAAGCGCCAGGAAGAGCUGAAUCGGAAAGCCGAAGAGCUGGACCGGCGGGAGCGCGAGCUGCGAAACGCAGCCUUAAGCAGCGGGGCAGCCAGGCCGAACAACUGGCCCCCCCUGCCCUCCAUCUGCCCCGUGAAGCCUUGUUUCUAUCAGGAUGUUUCCGUGGAAAUCCCCGUGGAAUUCCAAAAAACAGUCAGCAUCAUGUACUACCUCUGGAUGGCCAGCACGGUGGCUCUUUUCAUCAACUUCCUGGCCUCCCUCGUCUGGUUCUGUGUGGAUGCCACAGGCGCUUCCGGAUUCGGCCUCUCCAUCCUCUGGGCCUUGAUUUUCACGCCUUGCUCCUUCAUGUGCUGGUAUCGGCCCAUGUACAAAGCUUUCCGGAGUGACAGCUCUUUCAACUUCUUCGUCUUCUUCUUCAUCUUCUUCGCCCAAGACGUGAUGUACGUCCUGCAGGCCGUUGGGAUUCCCGGUUGGGGAUUCAGCGGUUGGAUCAUCAGCUUCGUCGCUCUCGGACAAAACCCAGGGGUGGGCAUUUUCAUGAUCCUUGUUGCCGUGUUGUUCACCGUCGUUGCCGGGCUGGGCAUCAUCAUGUUGAAACGGAUCCACUCCCUUUACCGUCGCACCGGCGCCAGCUUCCAAAAAGCCCAGGCCGAAUUCGCCGCCGGCGUUAUGUCCAACCAAACGGUUCGCACGGCGGCGGCCAACGCCGCAGCCGGGGCAGCCGCCAACUCGUUCCAGGCCCCCUAAAGGAACGGCGACUUGCAAGUUGUCAUCGGUUGGCCGAUUUCGCCGGGACUCCUUCACCGAAACGGAAACCCACCCACCCCCCCUCAAGUGCACGGCCUUGCCCUCCUGGCCUUGGAAAAUUCCUCCCCCCCACCUUUUUGUGCAGAUUUCAGAAGCUUGCGAUCUCGCGACGGAUCCACCCCGCUCCGGCUGCACUAACGUGAAGCUCACCGAUCCCUCGACGCGGCUUGGCUCUUCUUUUCUUCCGCCCGAAAUUGACCGAGGACUCAGCUGCUUGUGACUCCUCCAGUUUACCCAAGCCGGGAGGAACAGGGGUGGGUGGGUGGGUGGGGGGUGUCUUCCCUUCCUGCUUGUACGCCCCCCCCCCAAAAAAAAAUUGGCUUUUCUCUUUCGCCUUCGAUCCUGCACUCCACUCGCGAUCGGAGCUGGUUUUCCCGAAAUUUAAGUUUCCUUUCGGCCCCGAUUUCCUGCCAAUUUGGCUAAGCCGAGCAUGCCGCCCCAUUCAUGCGCUCCUCCUCCUACUUGAGACCGUUUUUCUCGACCCUUAGCGUCUUUUAAGAAGCGUGGACUUCAACUCCCAGAAUUUCCCUCCCCCCCCCCCCUCGGCUGGCCUGGGGAAUCCUGGGAGUUGAAGUCCACCCCCCUCUUAAAACUCCCAGCCUUGGGAUACACCCACCGACGUUCAUUAAUCAGUAGAAUUCUGCUCGACGUAAGUUGAAAUCCAGAGGGGAUUUCUAUGAUGCUACUACCCGAAGCUUAGGUGGCAACUUGUAAGGAUGGCGUGGACGUCCACUCCCAGAAUCCUCCCUGGCUGGGGAAUUCUGGGAGUUGAAGUCCAACCUUCUUAAAGUUGCUAAGAUUGAAAAAAAAAACCUCUGUUUUAAAAGUUCGUUUUCCCUUUUUUCUCUUGUUUUGAUCGAUUCUUCCGGUGCUGGCCACUGGGAGGUGAUAAUUUCCCGUUUUUUGGCAUUUUUAUUAGCGAUGGGAAUAAUUUUAUUUGGCUCAAAAGCCACCUCUGGCGUUUCGGCCCCCUCUAUGGUGCCUUCUAUUUUAUUUGGGGGUGAAUCUCUUUUCUUCUUUCCUUCCUUCCUCCCUCCCUUCUGCCUUUCUUUCCUUCCUUCCUUCCUCCCUCCCUCCCUC